GUUUCAAAAAGUAUCUUUACAUAGAAAGUAACAUUACACAAAUAUAUCUCUUCAUGAUUCCACGGACUAAAGUUACGACUGCUUGCCAGUAUUGUCAAACUAAAAAAAUUAAAUGUUCGGGUCCGCCCGAAUGUGCCAAGUGUCGAGAAAAAAAUCAAGUCUGUAAUUUUAUCACUGAACGAAAGAAACGUGGCCCUGCACCAAGAACUAAACGGGACGUCAUUGAAUCAUUAGCAACUCGGCGGGCGAAAAUUGGUUAUCGUCCUUCUUCGUUUGCUAAUUUUAACCAAAAAAGCUACGCGAACGUGGAUAAUAUAAUAGAAUUAAAUUUGGUGGGGCAGCAUUGCAUCAAUCACAUAUCUGAAUUAGAGAAUAGACAUAUGCCCCAUGUUUAUCAUAAUGGAUUUUUUCAUAAUCGAAAUGAAGUUCUAGACUCUAAUAGUGACGCAAUACAAUUACAAGUUGAAAGUCACAUGUAUAACUUAAACAAUAUCGAAAUUGAAGAUAAUAUGAAUGUCGAAUUUCUUACUCCAAGAACAGCUUCGUUUUCAUCAUUAAGUUCUAGGCCACAUCAUAAUCCAUUGAGAUUUUUAUCAGAAAAUCACCAUUUUAUGUGGAACCAACAACAAAAAAGAAUCCAAUGA